AUGGUUUUUAUGAAACCUGAGAGUGCUCUCAGACGAGCCGAUGAACUAAUUGAAGUUGGUAAAAAACAACGUGCUUUAGAAACACUUCUUGAAGUUGUUAAAUCACGUCGUCAUCGAACAUGGACAAAAACACACGAACCAUUAAUGGAAAAACUCUUAGAAUUAUGUGUCGAAUUAAAAAAAAGUCAAAUUGCAAAAGAUGGUCUUCAUCAAUAUAAAACAAUAGCACAAGCAGUUUCAGUUAAAUCACUUGAAGAUGUUAUCAUGAAAUUUUUGAAACAAGGUGAACAACGAUGUUUAGAUGCACGUAAAGAAGCAACAAAUGCUACUGUUGAUAUUGAUGAUUUAGAAGUUCUUCAAACACCUGAAAGUCUAUUAUUAAGUGCUGUCAGUGGUGAAUCUCAACAAGAUCGUACAGAUCGUGAUAUGCUUGCACCAUGGUUAAAAUUUGUAUGGGAAUCAUAUAAACAAUGUUUAGAUCUAUUAAAAAAUAAUAAUCGUGUUGAAAAAAUUUAUCAAGAUGUUGCACAAAUGGGUUUUCGUUUUUGUCAACAAUAUAAUCGACGACCUGAAUUCCGAAAAUUAUGUGAUACGAUUCGAACACAUUUUUCACAAUCACAAAAAUAUUCACAACAAAUGUAUAGCGUUAAUUUUCAAUUACCUGAAACACAAGCACUUCAUUUAGAAACACGUUUAGUACAACUUGAUACAGCUAUUGCUAUGGAAUUAUGGCAGGAAGCAUUUAAAGCCGUUGAAGAUAUUCAUCAACUUACAACAAUAUCAAAGAAAACACCAAGACCACAACAAUUAGCUACAUAUUAUAAUAAAGUCGCAUUAGUUUUUUGGAAAGCAGAAAAUUAUGUUUUUCAUGCAACAACAGUUCUUAAAUUAUAUGUUUUACAUAAAGAACAAAAAAAGAAUAUAACACAUGCUGAAUUAACUCGUUUAUCAACAAAAGCUUUAUUAGCUAUUCUUUCAAUUCCAUUACCAGCACCACGUACACAAAUUGAUGAACAUUUAGAUACUGAAGAUAAUAUUAAUGAAAAACAAAAACGUUUAACAAGUUUAUUAUCAUUACAACAAGUUCCAACACGUGCAACCUUAAUACGUGAUAUGAUAAAACAAGGUGUUUUAAAUUUUGUUCAUCCAGAAUUGAAAGAUAUGUAUGAAUGGUUAGAAGUUGAAUUUCAUCCAUUACGUUUAUCAUCAAAAAUGGAAGAAGGUAUUAAAUUUGUUGAAAAAUUAGCUCAACCAGAAUAUUCUCAAUAUAUGCCAGCAUUACGAGAUGUAACUGUUGUACGUUUACUUCAACAAGUAUCACAAGUAUAUCAAACAAUUGAAUUAAAACGUUUUAUUAGUCUUGCACCACCUAUUGAUAAACAUCGUUUAGAAAAAAUUAUUGUUAAUGCAGCAAGAAAUAAUGAUGUUCAAGUACAUAUUGAACAUAAAUUACAGGCAUUAACAUUUGGCACAGAUUUGAAUGUUUCAUCUGGACAAUCACUUAGUAGUGAUGCUGGUUCAAAAGCAAAUAUUGUACAAAAAAUGCCUAAUGAACAAAUUCGUAAUCAACUUACAUCUAUAUCACGUGCAUUAUAUUCAUGUAUGGAAAUAAUUAGUGAAAAAUCUAAUAAAGAACGUAAUGAUAAAUUAAGACGUGAAAUAGCACAAACAUAUUAUCGUGAUGAACCAAUUCAACGUAAAGAUAUAUUAAAACGACGUGAAUUUAUUGAACGUUAUAAAGAAGAUAAAGAAAAAGAACAUAAAGAUAAAGCAAGACAGGCUGAAAUUGUUACGAAAACAAAACAAGCUGAACGUGAUGAAGAAGAUAAAAUUCGACGUGAAACCGAUCAAAAACGUCGUGUUCAUGAAGCACAAAUUGAAAAAGUUAAAGAAGAACAACGUUUUGCUAUGAAAGUGGCUAUUGAUAAAUUACGUGAAUCUGAUAUAGGUCGAAAAAUAAUUGAUGUUCUUGGCGAAGAAGCUUUAUAUAAUUAUGAACCAAAUUCACUUAAUUCAUUACAUGUUACAGAAGUUAUUAAUCAUAGUCGAGAACAAAAAGAAAAAUUAAAAGUUCAAUAUAAAAAAGUUGAUUAUCUUAUUCGAGCACUACAUGAAACUGAAGUACCAUUACUACACAAACAAACUGAAGAAGAACUACAGCGUAGACGUGAAGUUCAAAAAGCUGAACGUGAACGUGCAAUUGAAAGACGUGAUCGACUUACACGAAUUGAAGAUGAUAAAAAUGCUUUUCUUCAUUCUAUUCGCGGACAACGACAUGAUGAUUUUGUUGACCGAAUGCGAGAAUUUGAGCAACGUUUAAGUAUUGCACGUCAACAACGAUUAGAACAAUUACGUAUAGAAAAUAUUGAAAAUAGAAAACAAGAAUUUCGUGAAAAUAAGAGAUUAAAAAAACAAAGAAAGCAAGAAGCAAAACAACAAAAAAUUCAAGCUGACUUAAAACGUAAAGAAAAUGAACGUUUAGCAGUUGUACGUGCUGCUGAAGAAGAAAGAAACAAGAAAUUAGCUGAACAAACAAGAAUACAACGUGAACGUGAAGAAGCAAUUGAAAGAAGAUUACAAGCAGAAAGAGAGAGUGCACAUCCGACUUCCAGUGGAAAUGUUCGACGAGAUCCUCCUGCUGGUGGGGGUCGCGGUGGUUAUCAACAAGAUAGAGAUAAACCUGAUAGUCAAACAUGGCGUCGAAAGACACGUGAAGGUGAUGACAAUCAACCAUCACAAACUAAUGCAACUGAUAAUUGGCGUCCACGAAACGACGAGCAACGUCCACGAGAUAGUGGUGAACGACGUACUGAUGAUUCAGCAAGCAAUAAAGGUCCAUCUAAUGAAGCAUGGCGACCAAGACCAAGACCUGAUCCACAACAGCAUGAUGAUCGUCGUGAUGACAGACGUGACGAUCGAAGAGAUGAUAGACGCGAUGACAGACGAGAUGACCGAAGAGACGAUAGACGCGAUGAUCGACGAGGCCAUCCUUCACAACAAACUCAACCAUCAUCAUCAUCAACAUCAGAAAAAUGGACAGACAAAACUUCUGAAACAGCUAGUAACUGGCGAACAGUUGAAAAGAAACAACGUCCUAAUCCUCCACGACCUGGUAAUGAUCGUCCAUCACAACAACGUUCUGAUGAAUCACAUUCAACUACAGAUUCUUGGCGAUCAAAGACACGUGUGCCUACAGAACAACGAGAAGAACCACCACGAGAGAGCGGUCGUGGUGGUCCACCUUCAUCGGAUAAUUGGGGUCGAUCGGAUGAAAAUAAUAGUUGGCGUAACCGCGAAAAAACACGUAUCAAUAGUUGGCGUGCCAAUGACAGUGACGAAAAUGAAAGUGAACGCCCUCGUCCUGCUGCUGGCGAUUCAUCAUAUACUGAUCGAAGUACUGAUAAUCGCCGUGGUGGUGGUAGUGGUGGUGGUAAUCGUUUUGGAGGUGAUCGUCGUGGACAAAAUCGUGAAUAUGGCGGUACUAAUCGAGAGUGA